CUAAGGUACAUAGUUCCAGGCAGUAGUACCUAACCUAGACAACCACCCAUCGCACCGUUCUUUCCCACCGUGUACGUCCCUUAUCCACGCUAUCCACGCUAUCCAUCUGCCUCAGCUGAGAAUAAUACCGUGUGUUUUUUUCUUCUUCUCAUAUGUCUUCUCCGUAGCUGUCAAGCCCAACAGUGCCAGCGCUGGCCGACACAUAAGCCAUGUCGGUCAAACGCCUCUUUGCCUUCAAGGGCACCUUGUCGAAUGCCUCGAUCCAGCACAGGCUGAAGUACAUUGUCGCCGCCGCCCUCGCUGCCUUGAUCUUCUACCUGGCUGCCCUCAACCGCCAAUGGGCGCACCUGGAUGGCGUCUUUCGCUUCGAAUCCUCCCGCCCUCCUCUCUCUCCUGCGGCUGCCAACAACCAUACCAUCCACCGACUGGCCCAAGACGCCCAGAUCCAAUUCAAGCAGCUGCUUGCAAAGCGCGCCACCUCUCUAGAACAAGCCGCGAGCCGCUAUCGCGAGCGCCGAGGACGACACCCGCCCCCCGGGUUUGAGACGUGGUUCGCUGCCGCGCAAAAGAGCGACGCCGUCAUCGUCGAAGACUUCUUCGACCGAAUCUACCAUGACAUUAAUCCCUUUUGGGCCAUUGAGCCCGCGCGCCUGCGCCGCAUGAUCAAAGACGAGCAACAUUACAUACGCGUUCGAGAUGGCAAGGCCUGGUUCGUGUCGGAUCACCUUGAGCUUCGUCAGCCCUGGGUGCAGCGAUGGACCGAGUUGGUGCAAGAGAUGAUGCCACAUCUUCCUGAUCUCGACAUGAUCCUCAAUGUCAUGGACGAGACCAGAGUCUUGGUGCCCUGGGAGGAUAUGAAUGAAUACGUGGCCGAGGAACAGCGCCAGCGCCACAUUUUUCACCCUUCUGACGCCAUCGCCGAGUACACCAAGUACCAAGACGAACCCACCGAUAAUGACGAGCCUGCCAUCAAGGUCAAAUGGAUCGGUGGCGAAGAGCAUCAAUACUGGGAUCACUAUCGUGUUACUUGCCCCCCAGAAACACCGGGCCGGAAUGUAUCUAGUCUCGAGAAACUCGACCGACCGCCCGUCUACCCGACACAGCCCAUGCCGUUCACCGUGGAUGGCUUUAUUCAGAACUUCACCGCAUCCUCAGAUCCUUGUCUACAGCCGCACCUUCGUGGUAUGCAUGGAACCUUCAUAGAAAGCGUCAGCAUGUCCACAACCCAUUCCCUGUUUCCCAUUUUCGGUGGAUGCAAACUGCCUGGUAACAAUGAGAUUCUUAUUCCUGCUGGUAUGAUCCUCGAUAGUUAUGACCUGUUCAGCGGGGGGGAUUCUCAUGGCGGAGACUGGUCUACAAAGAAAGACAGCAUCGUAUGGCGCGGUGUUGCGAGUGGCGGCCGACAUAAGGAGGACAACUGGUGGGGAUUUCAACGAAUCCGAUUCAUCCAGAUGAUGAAUGGCACUACUAUUUCACUCCUGGAAGCCGGCGAAGACGCCGCCCCCACCUUUGUCUUGCCAGAACGAGAGGAAUAUCAGGCCGAGGCGCAGAAGAACGGUAGUCUGGGUGAAUGGGUUUCGUCAUUCAGUGAUGCUGCCUUCAUGGCGUUUGAGUGCUUCCCUCGACAGGAGGAUGGGCACUGCUCUUACCUAGACCCUUACCUGGAGCUCCGGGAGUCAAUUCAUAUGAAAGAUCAGUAUGAUUACAAAUUUUUGCCAGAUAUCGAUGGGAACUCAUAUAGUGGGCGGUUUCGCGCGUUUAUGCGAAGCACGAGUCUCGUUCUGAAAUCAACCAUCUAUGCGGAAUGGCAUGACGACCGGCUCAUUCCCUGGGUCCACUUUGUCCCUUUCGACAACACCUUUAUUGACAUCUAUGCCAUCCUUGAGUAUUAUCUCAAUGGGCAUGACGAUGAAGCGUAUAAGAUCGCCGAAGAGGGCCGAGAGUGGUCUGAAAAAGUCAUGCGACGAGAAGAUAUGAAGUUAUACGUUUGGAGACUGCUGUUGGAAUAUGCGAGGGUUAUGGACCCAUCUCGGGACAGACUGGCGUUUGUAAGCGACUUAAGGGAUUGAGUAUGACUUUUUGGACAAGCAAUGAAGUUUCAAAGACGACAUAAACCACGACUUGGAUUGUAUAGACUAAAGCGUUCAGUACUAAUGGUGUAUAAGCAUACAAGCCCGUCUCUGAGAUAAAGUUUGGCAAUGCUG